AUGGCUACUCUGGUAAGGAAGAAGAUCUGCAGUUCCAUACAGAAGGCAGGGUUUUAUUCACUAAUGGUUGAUGAAACUAAAGAUCUUAGUAAACAGAAGCAGAUUUCAUUCGUAGUCCGUUAUGUAGAUGGUGAUACAAAACCUGCUGCAAUUAAAGAGCGAUUUCUAACCUUUCAUUCAGCUGCUAGCCUUGAUGCAGAAUCUCUUACUCAGUAUAUUCUUAAUACACUGAGCAAUUAUAACCUUGACCCUCAGCUAAUGGUAUCACAGGGAUAUGAUGGAGCUGCUGUGAUGAGCGGUCAUUGUUCUGGAGUGCAGCAAUGUGUGAGACAAGUAGCACCACAUGCAAUAUAUGUGCAUUGUUAUGCACAUAUCCUCAAUCUGGUCCUUGUGGACUGUGUGAAAAACAACUCUUUUGCUUCUGAGUUCUUUUCCUUGCUUCAGUCAUUAUAUGUUCUACUGUCCACCAGUAAAGCCCAUGUUGUCUUCAUUGACAAGCAAAAGGAGCUUUAUCCUAAUAAACCAACUAAAGAACUCAAACGACUGUCAGACACACGUUAUGCCUGCCGUUCUCUAACCCUUGAUGUCAUUGCUGGUACCUAUGACUGCAUCAUAGCUACUUUGGAGCACAUCGCUGAAGAUGCAGACAAAGCAAAAGCCAUAGAAGCAGCAGGUCUUCUUCACCAAGCUCACAGCUUUAAGUUUCUUGCUUGUUUAAUAAUUUUUCAGAGACUUAUGAAUAUCACCAAGUCUUUAUCAGAUCAGCUUUAG